CACACAUAUGUCCUCCAGUGUGAGCUACACUGAGCCACAGUGUUUCAUCUGGCUCUAUCUGGGCUGAUGAGAGCCUCUCGUCUAUCUGGGUCUGCUGCAGCUGCUGUGCACAGAGAAACAGGCCUUCACAUCAUGUUAUUGUUGAUGAUGCUUUGUGAGCCAGCAACCAGAGUUCAGUGAUUUUAAAGCGUUCAUGUUUGUGGAAUGGUUUUAUCGUCAUGAUAUCCACAUGGGUGUCAGCGAUUGUCAUGCUGGUGGCAUUUGUGAAUGGAGUGAGAAAUGAGGAUGACAUACAACUAUGUGCAAAGGUCCAGACGCCCCGGUCAGUGGUGCCUUUGGGGUCACCUGUCACAGCCACCUGUGUCAUUAGAGACGACUGUCCUCUGGUCAUUGGACAAGCUGUUCAUAUCGAGUGGCGUCUUGGCGAUCGCUUCCUUCCCAGCAGCCCUGUGGCCUCUGAGAGCAGCAGGGUUUCCAAGGUUGUUAUACCAAGCUUCAAUUACACCAGGGAAUUCCUCACCUGCUGUGUCCAGGCUUCACCCAUUCAAAUAGUAGGAGGAGUGGAGAUCAGAGCUGGAUAUCCACCUCCAGCACCUCAAAACCUCAGCUGUCAGACCAACCUUACCACCCCAAACACCCUGACGUGUGAAUGGGCCCCCGGAGAGCAGGACACCUACUUCCUCACAAAGUACACCCUCCACACACAUAUAUGGGAUUCAAACGAGAGUCACGCUUACAAUCUGCAACCAGGAGUCCACCGUUACACGAUCCCUCGCUCUGACUUUGUGCUGUUCUCAGACAUGGACAUAUAUGUGAAAGCUGUGAAUGAACUUGGAGAGGCAACCUCAGCACAUAUCACUUUGGAACCUGUCAGUGCAGCUAAGUUUGACCAACCGAGGAUUCUGAAGGUUGAAGUUGUGCCUAGAAGGUAUGGAUGCCUUAAGCUAAGUUGGUGCUUAUCCCAGCACCAGGCCUGGAUGCAUAAUUUCCACCUGAGCUUGGAAGUACGACUUAAGACUGCUGACAGCAGCCAAUGGAGUGAACCAAUCCUUGUGAUCCGUGCUAGGCCAAUGAGACCUGUGGACCAGUGUCGUCUCCUCCAUGGGACUCAGUACCUUGCCCAGAUCAGAGUCAGAUACAAACAGAGCCCGUGGAGUGAAUGGAGCAGCAGCCAGUCUGGGGUCACCUUGGAGAGUGCUCCCACUGGACGCCUAGACUCAUGGAUGAAGGUAUCAUGGGAUCACAUGCGCAAACAACUCAACAUACACUUGUUGUGGAAGCCAUCAAAACAAUUCCGCGCCAACAGCCAAAAUGUGUCAUAUAUUGUCUCACUGCAAAGAGUGGGACGGGUGUGCUCCACUGCAGGGAAUAGCUGUGCUUUCCAGCUCACUGGGAGACCAAAGAAAGUGUAUCUGAGUGCUGUAAAUGCAGCAGGGAAAUCCCCUCUGACUGAAGUUCCUAUUUACCUACCUAAAGCUCGGGCGCCGAUAUCAGAACUUACAGCCAUUCCUCGUGAUGACACAUCCCUACUGGUCCAGUGGAAAAGCCAGAUUUCUCCCAGUCUCACUGAUUAUGUAGUGGAAUGGAGACCUUUAUUAAAAACAGACCGCUCCUUCAUCCAGUUUGAAAUUGCUGACAGAAACCAGUCAAGCCUUACCAUAACAGGCAGCUUUGAGCCAUACAAGCCCUAUGGGAUCUCUGUGUAUCCUAGGUUUAAGGAUGGGAUAGGCCUUCCUCAGACUGUUAAUGCCUACUCUAGACAAAAGGCUCCAUCUGUGGUCCCAAAAAUGAGAAUUAAGAAUACUUGGAAGUCUCAUAUCGAGCUUACCUGGGAUGAAAUACCUUUAGAUCACAGAAAUGGAAUUAUCCAGAGCUAUAAAGUCAUCUACUGGGAUAAGAAAGGACUCGUUAAUGUGGUGAAUGCAGACCUGGAGGAGAGGAGGGUGAUCCUGAAAGACCUCAACAUUAUGUCCGUAUAUGAAGCUUUCCUGAUGGUUAGCACACUCAGUGGAAGCCGAAAUGGGUCAACAAUUCAUUUUGAAAUGGAGCCCUUUGAUGCGGUCGCUAUUGUGAUGAUUGUCACUGCAUCUGGUGUUGGAUUUUCACUGUUGAUUAUUUUUAUUGUCAUGACUUGUUUCUCCAACCACAAAAGGCUGAAGGGGCGUUUUUGGCCAUCUGUUCCAGAUCCAGCAAAUAGCAGCAUCAAAAGAUGGUCUUCAGACUCAUCACGGGAUACCCACACUUCCCUGGAUAAUGAUGAGCCAAAUCCAAUAUAUCUGUCCCACCUCAGCUUCCUGGACCUAUCUAUGAAACUAAAUAAAAAGGAUGAUGACCUGUGGUUAAACAGUGGCGAGGACACCAGUGAUCUUGGAGACUCCAUUUGUGGUUCACCCUUCAUCCCUGGCUACUCUGGUUCAAACAGUGACUCUGUUCCCUAUGCUACUGUAAUCUUCUCUGGUGCUUGCACAAACCCACCUCCCAAAGAGCCUCAUCAUGUCUACCUGCGCUCUGAGUCCACACAGCCCCUUCUGGAGACAGAAGAAUCCUUCAGUCCAAAGUGCUACCAGAAUAUGGCAGCUGAUGGGAUAACAACGGAGCAGUGUUUUUUUGGAUCAUGCCAUAACAUUGGGCCUGAAGAAGGAACAGAUUCAGUUAUUCUCUGGGAUGACUUCCCAUUUCUUAGAGCAUUAGCCAUGAAUGACACUGAAAAUGACUAAAAGUAAUUUGCUGAUUAUAACAGCUGCAAUGAUUGAUUGAUUA